AUGUACAUAACAAAAUCACUCAAAGCCAUCACCACCCUCUUACUGGCUACGUCAACCCUCGCUCAAGAUGAUAAUAACAACGAUGGGGAGAGCGAUAGAGAUUCAGGAAAUACAGGUGUGGUCUCAUCAACUAUAUCAACAACUUCAACUUCGGCUUCAGCAUCAACAAGCUCCGCUACCACUUCUGAAGUAGCAAGUACCAGUACCGGUACGAUCAGUAGUAGUUCAAUCUCAACUGCCAGUUCGACGACAAGUUCCACGGGAGCUUCUGAGACUUCUUCGACAGUCUCAUUAAAGUUGGCUAAGAAAUAUGUUGGAGAGGAUUUCAUGAAUGAUUUUGAUUACUUCACGGAUGAUGAUCCGACUUCAGGUUACGUCAACUACGUCUCGAAAUCGGAUGCGCAGAAAUCAGGUUUGAUAGAUGUACAAGCCAAUAAUGUGUUUUACAUGGCUGCCGAUUCUACCAACGUACCUACCGGUCGCGGAAGGGAUAGUAUCAGGAUUAGCAGCAAGAGCAAAUAUGCUGAUGGUGUAUAUAUCUUGGAUCUCAAUCAUAUGCCUGUAGGAUGUGGGACAUGGCCAGCAUGGUGGACAGUGACGAAAUCCGGAUGGCCCAAAGGCGGAGAGAUCGAUAUCUUGGAAGGCUUGUCCGCCAAUCCCGACCCAAUGAUCUACAAUGCCGCUGCCUUGCACACUUCUGAUACAUGUGCGCUGAACGGCCAGACGUAUAUGAACGGUCAGAUUGGGGAAUGGCAAUGUUCAGCUUACUUUUCUGGAAAUACCGGUUGUGGAGUCAAGAUGACCGGUGUGACGAAUGGAUCGUACGGUGGUCCGGUUAAUGGUGUGGGUGGUGGAUGGUAUGCAAUGUGGAGAGAUCUAGAAAACUCUGGUGGUAUUUACGUUUGGUUCUGGCCUCGAAAUUCCCAAACUGUUCCAGACGAUGUCAAGAAUUCCAAUACAGCUACAACCAAUGUUGCUAACUGGGGUAUACCCAAUGCCAAUAUGACUGUCCCAUGUCGAGAUAACUUCAAUAAUCAUGUGAUAGUCUUCGAUUUGACAUUCUGCGGUGACUAUGCUGGAGCAACAUACGCCUCGUCAGGAUGUCCCGGAUCAUGUGCCACUUUCGUGCGAUCCAACCCGGCGGCAUACUCUGAAGCAUAUUGGUCUUUGAAUUCUUUGAGAGUAUACACAGCAAAUGGUAAAGCUGCCUCUGGAGCUGGAUUGAGUGGAGGUGCCAUAGCAGGUAUAGUAGUUGGUGUAGUAGCAGCUUUGGUGAUUGCUGUUUUGGUCUAUCUCAGAUUCAAGAAGACUAGAAAGAAUAGACAAAUGGUAGAAGAAGCCACUCUAACCGAAGAACCAAUCCCACCAACAGCCAAGGGACCAUAUGCUUUCCUCGCCUCGAGAAAACCACGAGUUGGUCCUACAAAACUCGCACCUGGACGUACUGCCCAACAUUUCUUACACGGUGAAACUCCCACUGCAGUAUAUGGUAGAACACCCGUAGGAAGUGAUUCGGACAUAAAACUGGCUGAAGCUACUUAUAGGCCACAUGGUGGUAAUUCAAGUUGGAUCGGAUAA